AUGAGGAUUAGGGAUGUGUUAUUGGGUGCAUUGGUGAGCUAUCUGAUCAUACAAAACGUUUGUGUAGCAAAUGCAUCGAGGGUUUUACAAAAGUCACAGUUUUUUGCCAACUUUUUGCAAUCUAAUAAUAAUGGGAUUAGUAAUAAUGGGACCAAAUGGGCAGUUCUUGUUGCUGGCUCCAAUGGCUGGGGUAACUACAGGCAUCAGGCUGAUGUGUGUCACGCAUAUCAAAUACUGAAAAAAUCAGGAAUGAAAGAUGAAAACAUUAUUGUGUUCAUGUACGACGAUAUUGCCAACAGCCCUGAAAAUCCUCACCCUGGAAUCAUCAUCAACAGCCCUAAUGGCUCAGAUGUUUACCAUGGAGUUCCCAAGGAUUAUACAGGAGAGAACGUUACUGUAAAUAACCUUUUUGCUGCAAUUCUUGGAAACAAAAGUGGCAUCACUGGAGGAAGUGGCAAGGUUGUGGAGAGUGGUCCUGAUGAUUACAUUUUUAUAUACUAUACUGACCAUGGUGGUGCUGGAGUAGUCGAGAUGAUUUACGAACAACUUUAUGCUAAUGAUCUCAACGACAUCUUGAAGAAAAAGCAUGAAGCUAACGGAUAUAAAAGCUUAGUGUUCUACCUUGAAGCUUGUGAAUCAGGGAGUAUGUUUCAGGGUCUUCUUCCAAGCAAUAUAAAUGUUUAUGCAACGACUGCAUCAAAUGCAACUGAGGAUAGUUGGGCUGAAUAUUGUCCUAAUUUUGAUGCUCCUCUGGAGUACGAUACCUGUUUGGGAGACUUGUACAGCAUUUCUUGGCUCGAGGAUUGUGACAUGAACGAUGUAGGCAGCGAAACUUUGCAACAGCAAUACGAAUCGGUUCGAAAAAGAACAUUGGAAGGAACCGUAUUCAAUGGAAGUUCUCAUGUUAUGCAAUAUGGAGAUAUGAGUUUUAGUGGGAGUGUCCUCUCUGUUUACUUGGGUGACAAUCCUUCUCCUCCUACUACUACUACUAAAUCAUCUUCAAAUGUUGUACCUCAACGUGAUGCUGCUCUAGUUCAUCUUCACCACAAGAUCCGAAAAUCAGAUGUCAAUUCUGAGGAGUAUCUCCUAGCUAAGAAGAAGUUGAGUGAAGAACUGGCUCAUAGAGAGCAUGUUGACUAUAGUAUAAAUCAAAUUGGAAAGCUCUUGUUGGGACAUCAUGAUCAUCAAAAUGGCUUUAAGAACCUUCGAUCUUCAGGGCAACCUCUUGUUGAUGAUUGGGACUGUCUCAAAACUCUUGUGAAGACUUAUGCGAAGUACUGUGGAUCUUUAUCAACCUAUGGAUUGAAAUACACAGGGGAAAUUGCUAACGCCUGCAAUGCUGGAAUCACUGUAGAUCAAUUUGCUGCAGCAUCUAUUCAAACUUGCUCAUAAGAAACAUCAUAUAUGAUUUCUCU